AUGAGCAAAACCAUCAAGUUCAACGCCGGCAAGGUCCAGUACGACGAGGAAACUAAAAAGUGUACACCUUUGCCCCACAAGGGUCAGGUCGUCAUCAAGCCACUGGAAGAAGAGGAGGAUUUCUUCAGUUUCCAGUGGACACCAAAGAGCAGCCUGGGCAACGUCGAAAGAGACGAUCUUCUCAUUAUCCCAGGCGACGUCACCUUCAAGCACGUGAAGCUGUGUAAGACUGGAAGAGUCAUUUCUUUGACAUUCUUGAGUUCGGGUGCCAAACACUUGUACUGGCUUCAAGACGUGGGAGACGACGAGCAAUUGGACCACUUGACCACCAAGGACGAGAGGUUGUUGCUGUCGGUGCAGGCGCUUGUGGCAUUGGAAGAGGACGAGCCCGAAGAGGUGAAGGAACAGCCGGUAGAGGAGAAGCAAAAGCAGAGGACACAGGCGCCUAUUACGGCAAUUGACGAUUUGCUUACUACGGACGUCAUCGAGAAGCAUUUGUCGCUGUUGCUGAGCGAAGAGCUUGAGGAGAAGUAUGGAGACUUGUUGCCGGAGGGAGUGAAGCCUACCAAAGAAGAUAUCGCCCGGGUGGUGAGAAACGGCUUUUUCCAGCAGGCCAACAAGGAGUUGAGCAGCACAAUAUUGAACAACGGUGUGGGCCAGAUUUUGGCGAGCAGCUUGGGCUACGAGUACAAGGGCGAAGGCAUCGAUGCAUUCCUCGAGGGACUAAGGAAGUCUAAGUAG